AUGAAUCAGACGUCAAAGUCAACAGAAGUUCUACGGAAGAAGUCCGCCCUCGGAGCGUAUGCUGCCAGUCCUUCCCCCGCCUCCGGCCUCCCUCCGUUUGUGGGCAGCCCUCGCCUUGCUAGCCUCCCAGCCUCCAGGAGCAGCACUGGUAUUGCGAGAACUAAUGCCCCGGUCUCCGGCGCCGGCCGGUCAUUUCAGUCACCACGUGCUGCCGCCCCCGACGCCGCCCCCCCCGCCCCCAGCCAGUCCCCGUUUAACAACGGCCCCAGCAGCCCGCCAAUAAACGCCGGCCAUUCGUCUCGCUCGCGGUCAGCCGGUAGCCCUCGACUCACAACCCAAGUGGCGGACCGCGUCCAGCCGAGAACCUCAGCUGCUGGUCGUGGCUCAGCAGGAGAGUACAGGGCAGCGGACACAAUACUGGCUGCGUUUCAGCCCGCGUGGAGAGUGGCGGAGGGUGGGUACCACACCGAGACUCCGCAGAGGGGACGUCGCCCCUGGCUGCUUACCCACGCAGGUAUUGAGUGA